GCGGGCGCCCAAGAUGGACUAUGACUUCAAGGUGAAGCUGACCGGGGAGCGCGAGCGGGUGGAGGACCUCUUCGAGUACGAGGGCUGCAAGGUGGGCAGGGGCACCUACGGGCACGUCUACAAAGCCAAGCGCAAGGACGGGAAAGAUGAUAAAGAUUACGCUUUAAAACAGAUAGAAGGUACUGGAAUUUCCAUGUCUGCAUGCAGAGAAAUAGCAUUGCUGCGGGAGCUCAAGCAUCCAAAUGUCAUUUCUCUGCAAAAGGUGUUCCUUUCUCAUGCUGACAGGAAGGUGUGGCUUCUCUUUGACUACGCUGAGCAUGACCUCUGGCAUAUAAUCAAGUUUCACAGGGCUUCUAAAGCAAACAAGAAACCAGUUCAGUUACCUCGGGGAAUGGUGAAGUCGCUGUUGUAUCAGAUCCUAGAUGGUAUUCACUACCUGCAUGCUAACUGGGUGUUACACAGGGAUUUGAAACCUGCUAAUAUUUUAGUUAUGGGUGAAGGUCCUGAGCGAGGAAGAGUAAAAAUUGCUGACAUGGGCUUUGCCCGAUUAUUUAAUUCACCUCUGAAGCCUUUAGCAGACUUGGAUCCAGUAGUUGUAACCUUCUGGUAUCGAGCUCCAGAGUUGCUUCUUGGAGCAAGGCAUUAUACCAAAGCUAUUGAUAUUUGGGCCAUAGGGUGUAUAUUUGCAGAGCUGCUAACAUCAGAGCCAAUAUUCCAUUGUCGACAAGAAGAUAUCAAAACUAGUAAUCCUUAUCACCAUGACCAGCUGGACAGAAUAUUCAAUGUAAUGGGAUUUCCUGCAGAUAAAGACUGGGAAGAUAUAAAAAAGAUGCCAGAACAUUCAACCUUAAUGAAAGAUUUCCGGAGAAACACGUAUACCAACUGCAGCCUUAUCAAAUAUAUGGAAAAACACAAAGUUAAACCAGAUAGUAAGGCAUUCCACUUGCUUCAGAAAUUGCUCACUAUGGAUCCAAUAAAGAGAAUUACCUCAGAACAGGCUAUGCAGGAUCCUUACUUCUUGGAAGAUCCUCUUCCCACAUCCGAUGUUUUUGCAGGUUGUCAAAUCCCUUACCCAAAACGAGAAUUUUUAACAGAAGAAGAACCAGAUGAUAAAGGAGACAAAAAGAACCAGCAGCAGCAGCAGGGCAACAACCAUACUAAUGGAACCGGUCAUCCAGGGAACCAAGACAACAGUCACACACAGGGACCCCCACUGAAAAAAGUGAGAGUUGUUCCUCCUACCACUACCUCAGGUGGACUUAUUAUGACCUCAGACUAUCAGCGUUCCAACCCCCAUGCUGCCUACCCCAACCCCGGACCAAGCACGUCGCAGCCCCAGAGCAGCAUGGGCUACUCAGCUACCUCCCAGCAGCCGCCGCAGUACUCGCACCAGACGCACCGGUACUGAGCCGCAGCCGGAGCCCACCUUGGGCCGCAGAAUGUACUGUACAACCACACCUCCCACCGUCCCGCCACGGCGCCGGGGCUCCCACCUUGUACCUGGUCUUGGGGUUAGACUUGAAAAGGAAGUGCUAGCACGGUUUGUGUUGUGGAUAUGCUACUUCUGUAGUUUACUUGACAUGGUUCAGACUGAGCGAUGCAUUUUUUUCAGUGACGGUCUGUAGCAGGUGAAGCUGUGAAAUGUGCUAGGGGCAAGCAUUUUUGUUGUCGUAUGUGGUGAAUUCUCUUGAUGUAACAACUUCAUCUGACCGGUAGUACGCGACAUCUUUGAACUGGUACUUGAAGCAUACAGUAUAUGUUACCAUGGCAAAAAAGCAAACUAACCGUAACUCUCAGACAGUUUUGAUAGACAUUUAUUUUUAGUGACUUUUGUGGGUUGGUUCAUUUUUCAGCUAGAUCGAUGUUUUAUGACCGACAUGAUUGCUACGAUGAGAUUUUUUUUAAGAACAUGGAAGCGUUUGCAUUUUUUCCCAGCAAUUACAAGCGUCCCAAAGAUUUAUUUCCAACAUAAGUUUUUGGUUUUGUUUUGAAAUCUAUGACUUGACUGGUAUUAAAGCUGCUAUUUGAUAGUUAAAUAAGUAUGUUGUCAUUGAUAUAAACAUGUUUGGUUCAGCAAACAAACUAAAAUGAUUGUCAUAGACAGUGUUUUAUUUUUUUCCUGUUGGUGUUAAUGAUUUGUGAGCAUGCUUUGGGAUUAAAAAAGCAUGAAUGAUAUUUCCUAAAAAGGUGCGGCAUCCAUUCAGAUAUUUUGUCAUGAUUUUUGAGAACCAGCUUGGUGUAGUGGGUUUUAAAUUUUGUUCAGUUUGUUUGUUUUUUUUUUUUAAAUGUUCGCACGUUGUUUAGGGGUGCCAUUCCUACUGCAGAGGAACAAGAUGUUAGGAGAGCCUUAGAAUUUAUGAGGAAAAACUUACAUACAAUGUACUGUAUCAAACUAUUUUACAUGAAUGACACAAGUAUUCUGAGUAAAAAAAAAAUCAAACAUUGUUAAA